CAUAGGAGGAAAGAUAAGUGUUGAUAUGGGAAAUAAUAAAACGGCGGUCUCCAUCGCGGGCCGCUUAUAGGCACCAUCCAAAAUGAAGUGGUUAGUGCUUUUGGCUGGACUAGCUGUGGUUCUAGGCGCUGUGCCUAGAAAGCCGACCGCCCGCGAUUUUGAAUUAGAAGAAACUGAUAUUGGCUUCAAUGUCAUAGCCGUUACAGAUUCGAAACGCCUCCUUCUUGGGCAUAUCGGACGUAAAUCAAAUCUUCUUGAUGAAGAUGUUACCUUCGAAAUCACUGAAGGACGUGACCAAGCCAGCGGCGGAUACAGAGUAACUAUCUCUUGGGAAGGACCCAGCGACAAAAUCUUCGAAGAUUGUUAUAACUUUAGUACGAAACAAUGGUACGGAGGUCCGGAACAAAAAGAACAAUACUGGCCGAUUCAGAAGUCUAAGCUGCAGAAAUACUCUAUAAUAUCUAAAGAAGAUGAUAAUUCCGCUGUGUCUGAAAGAUAUUGGGUCAACUCAGCGGGCUGGUAUAUUUACAUUCAACCGGAAGCACCUCUUUUCGUAGAUCAUCACAAUAUUCUCGAUAACCACAUUUGCUUCGUAGCUGAAGUUACAACGCCUUAUUCAACGCAGCGUACGCGAAAUGUUCUCAAAUACGACCUUUGGUUCUUCGAUGACGCGAAAGAAGCCCACCAACACGCUGUCGACACUUACCUUGGCAAGCCCUCCGGGAUUCCUGACUACAGAAUGAUUCAGUACCCAGUAUGGUCUACAUGGGCAAGAUACUCCAGAGAAAUCGACCAGAACAGCCUUUGGGAAUUUGCAAAUGAAAUCAACGACAGUGGAUUUCCAAAUGCUCAGUUUGAAAUCGAUGACCUUUGGGAAAUUUGCUACGGUUCCCUUACCGUUGAUGAAAGGAAAUUGCCUGACUUUAAAAAACUAAUUCAAGAUAUCAAGGGCCUCGGAUUCAGAGUGACUAUUUGGGUUCACCCCUUCAUUAACAAGGACUGCGAUCCUUGGUACUCGGAAGCUUUAGAAAAAGGCUACUUAGUCCUCAACGAAGAAGGUAGCCCAGACACGACAUGGUGGAACAACAAUGGAUCAGUUCCCGGCUAUAUCGACUUCACCAACCCUGAAGCUGCUGAAUGGUACACCACGAGAAUACAAGAUUUGAUUGACACUUAUGAUAUUGACAGCUUGAAGUUCGAUGCUGGAGAAUCUAGCUGGUCGCCUCAGAUCCCAGUUCAAAAUGGAGACAUUGAUUUGCACCCUGGAAACAUUGUUCAAGCUUACGUGAGGACCGUCGCCAAGUUUGGUCCUAUGAUCGAGGUCAGAUCUGGAAUGAGGACUCAAGACCUUCCAGUCUUCAUCCGCAUGGUUGAUAAAGAUACUCUAUGGGACUUCAACAAUGGCCUCGCUACCCUGGUCACCACCCUCCUGCAGAUGAACCUUAACGGCUACACGUUGGUUCUGCCCGACAUGAUCGGUGGUAAUGGAUACAACGCGAAGCCUUCCAAGGAACUGUUCGUGAGGUGGCUUCAGGCUAAUGUAUUCAUGCCGACUCUUCAAUACUCGUUCGUUCCAUGGGAUCACGAUGACGAGGCGGUAGAAAUAUGCCGGCGCUACACACAGCUGCACGCGGAAUUCGCUGACGAGAUCGCGGCGGCCAUGCAGGAGUCGGUGCGUUCGGGCGCGCCCGUCAAUCCUCCCAUCUGGUGGGUCGACCCCACCGAUGAAGACGCCCUCGCCGUGUGGGAUGAGUUCCUCCUUGGAGAGCGUAUUCUUGCGGCUCCCGUUCUAGAAGAAGGUGCUGUGUCACGUGACAUCUACCUACCACGUGGACAGUGGCGGGACGGAGUAACAAAUGAAGUGAUCGAGGGCCCAAUUUGGCUCAGAGAUUACCCAGCACCGCUUGACACUCUGCCCUAUUUCACUCUUGAAGACUAAACUAUAUAGAAACCAAAAUCCACAGACUAUAUAACAACUACAACGGACUACGUUAGCCGAUGACACGAAAUUAAAAAAACAAAAACAAAUGGUCGUAUGACAAAAGUAAUGGAUCGAUUAGUGUAAA